UGCGUCUUCGCAACGCAUCUUCAGUGCGGCCACCUUUGGUAAACAGCUCCUUCUGGGUUUCGGCGCACUACCUCUGCCGAAAACACGUCCACCACUGCAGCAGCAGCGGCAACAGCACGUAGACAGCGGCAGGCCUACGAGGAGCCUCAGUGAAGAUUUUCAGCUUACAGACUUUCUCUUUCUUAAUUAUCUCCAUGGCUGCUGAUGAGACCCGGCAGGACCUGCUCCAACUGCGCCAAUUAUCUGCAAAGGACGGAUGUGCGUUCGUGUGCAUGCUGAGCGGUAUGUUCGGUUAGAGGCAAAGACAGCUGAUCAAAACAGAAAAUCGCUUAUCGAUGGCUGUCACUAGUUAAAGGGACGUGUGUUGUCUGCUCUUUACGUAAUCGUUUUUGCGUAAUUUUGCACCGGCUAUUGGAUGCCGCGUGGACCGGGAUUAUUUUGGCGAGGAUAUCUCUUAGUGCUCUCCCUCCUCCCUGCAUCCGUUGUUGUCCUCAACAGCAGACACAGACUCAUUCAGACGGGGACUAUCUGUAUGCAGCAACAUUGUAAACAGGAGCUGGUUUUAAUGAAAUCCAACAUCGCUGCAUCCCGGUUGAAGCCUUCAAUCAGCAAUGCCUGGGAAUCCUCCAGCUGCUCUCCCAUGCUGUUCUUUGAGAAGGGGACCGUAGUAAACCUCUUUGGGAUUUAGAUCAACUGCUAGCAUGUUGCAGCCUUUCAUCAGAACAGGUGACGGCCUGUUGGAAACAUUACCUCACUGGAGUAAGCGUCAAAGAUGGGCCCUCUCCCUCACCCUUUGUAUGGCUCUCCUCUGGCUUCCAGGGGCAGCGGGAUCUACCCUAAACUGCCACAAGACGUGCAUCUGCGCCUCAAACAUAGUGAGCUGCUCCAAAAUGAAUCUGACCACCGUCCCAUCAGGUCUACCGCUCUACACUGCUGUACUGGAUCUCAGCUAUAAUGAGAUAACACGGCUGCGAUCUGAGUGGACCCCAGUCAAGCUUGCGAAGCUCCAUAACCUCCUCCUCAGCCAUAACGGUCUAUUCUUCCUGUCCACAGAAGCAUUCAUAUAUGUAAAGCACCUGCGCUACUUGGACCUGUCCUCCAACAACUUGCAGAAGCUUGAUGAGUUCAUCUUUGAGCCUUUGGUCAACCUGGAGGUCCUCUUGCUGUACAAUAACCAAAUUUCCCAGAUUGACCGCUCAGCCUUUGUCGGUGUGAUUAACCUUCAGAAGCUCUACCUUAGCCAGAACCAAAUCUCCCGUUUCCCCAUGGAGCUGGUCAAGGAAAAGUCCCGCCUGGAGAAACUUAGCCUCCUGGAUGUUUCCUCCAACAAGAUCAAGAUGUUAUCCAUUGAUGAGCUCCAGGUGUUGCCUGCCUGGAUUAAAAAUGGCCUCUACUUCCACAAUAAUCCUCUGCUGUGUCACUGUGAUCUCUACACACUACUAGCCCACUGGUACAUUCGAAAGCUCAACUCCGCUGUGGACUUCAGAGAUGACUACACAUGCAUUCUGCCUGGCCCGCAAAAAACCCAAGUAGGUGUUUUUGAGCUCAGUGGUGAAAACAUGAACUGCAGCACAUUCAAGGAGGCAGACGAAGAGGCUUUUCUGGAGCAAACACUGAUUCUUGGCUGCGAUACCAAACACAGGGACAUGUUAAAGACCUGGAUGAUGCCUGGUAAUGUGGUGGUGGCACCUGGAAGCAACCAGACAGCCAAAGUAUUGCCAGAUGGAAGUCUGCAGAUUAGUCCUGUGAGGUCUGAGGACUCUGGGACCUACACUUGCUUUGCAAUGAGCGAGGUCUUUAAUGAGACCAUCUAUGUGGUGCUGAAGGUUCACAACUUCACAAUGCAUGGGGGCGGGGAGACCCUGAACACAGCGUACACCACCUUGGUGGGCUGUCUGGCCAGUGUGGUGCUGGUGCUUAUGUACCUUUAUCUGACGCCAUGUCGCUGCUUCUGCUGCCCCAAUAAGGGCAAGGCUCGGGGUGAGGACAGCAUCCACUCGUCCAUGCUUAGUGUGACACCUACCCAUGAGGACCCAGCACUCAAGGCAGAGCUGAACAGGCACGUGGCGUUCAUUGACUCCAAGGACUUGCAGGGCCAGAACGGCAAGCUUAACCCUAAUGGGGACGAGGAUGAUGAUGAUCUUGAUGCAGAGGCUGGUUCUCUUAUGAAGGGGAAAAGGAAGAAGUCAGUAGCAGAGUCCAUCAGCUCCGUCUUCUCAGACACGCCCAUGGUAGUCUGAGAGGAAACUGGCAAAGACAAUGGAUGCCACAUGACUGGAUGAUUAUGGUACCAUAUUUUAGUUCAUGUAAACUGUGACUAUGACCUUGUGGGAGGAAACAGAGGAAGGAUGUUCAUCUGCAGUUGCUGGCAAGUGGAAAUAAGGAUCUGAAAGGGAGUAAAAAAACACACAAACUUGCCUUGUUGUCGACACAGACAAUGAGCAGGACUUUUCCAGCAAUUUAAUCUGUAGCACUUAAUAUUCAUACUGUGAAGGAAUGGCAGUGUACAUGAACAGUGGAAACUACUGAAGUCUUAUGGGAGUAAAAAGUAGAUGAUACAUUGUUGAUAUCAGCACUCAGGAAGUGAUAAAUUAAAGUGUGGGAAAUAUGAUACAAUGCACAGGUUGAAAUUAGAUUUUACAAAAACAUGGUAUAUACCGAAACCACGGCUGGCUCAUAAUUGUAUUUAUUGCAAGGUCUAGAAUAGAUUGCAUCUUGCGUAAACAAUAGAGCGUAGAUACAUUUACCCCUCUUUCUAUCAACACUGGGACUGGGACUUAGACAGACACCGUCACCAGUCUAAGAAUACAUGUCAUAAGCCUUGAGUCAUCUAUAGAGAAACAGCAUGCCAUAAACCCACAUUACAGUACAGGUCAUAGACCGAUCUGUAUGAUCCAAAGGUAAUUUGGAUUCUUCAAACAUUUAGUCAUUUAUAUUUAGUGAUAAAACAUUAUAUUAAGAGGCCAUCGCAGGUCAUUUCCAUCCUACUUCAUAGCCAAUAGUUGACUGAUUGUUAUUUGUAUUCAUAGUCACAUGUGUAGCGAUAUAGGAAGGAGCUCUUUUUUCCUUUGCUAUGUUAAGGGAUCAAUUUACAUAGAGGUAGGGUAUAAAAUAGUUGAAUAGUUUGAGGCAGAUCAUUGUUUAUAAAUGAAUCAAAAUAGUUAGUAUAACGCAAAAGAAAGCUUUGAAGCCUUACUCAAUUAAAAACAUGGAACGCCUCCAACAGAUUCACAUUAGGUGCAGGGAAGUAUUUUGUCUUGACUGAUUAUCAACAUAUUGUCUCAAUUCUGUAUACAGACAGGUACCAUGGUCCUUACAAGGACAAAUCAGCUUCUGUUUUUUGUCCACAGAGGUGCCACUUACUGCAGGGUUAUAGCAUUUGUUUCUCUCAGUCACACUAGCAGGAAGUUAAACACCAAGCCUAUGCUAAAAGCUGCCAGCUUGGGUUAAUUUGAUUCUUGGCUGUUUGUAAAAUGUUAGCCUUAAACAAAAACCUCAAAUAAUUUAAUGUACAUUGAUAAAAAAAACAAAAAAAACAACCAUAACUUUGGUGUAUUCAUAUGUCAUAAAUGAUACCAUAGAUUUAAGUAUUUGGUCUUGAAUUUUGCUCAGAUGGACAAUUAUCAGUGUCACACUGAUUUAAAAUGUAGCUGUUUUAGCCCUGUGGUUGGUAGAAAAAGCUGUACGUUGUAUUAGCAGGAAAACAUUAGAGUCUGCCAAAUAAUGAAACCUACAGGAUUCCUUAAGAAAGGCUGAUUUUAGAGUUUGUAGCUACUGACAACCUCUUGUAACCCUCAGAAAAUCCCUUGUUUUUUACAAUUAUAAUUGAAUAUAUUGUGAAUUGAAUUUACCAUGCAAGACACCUCGUAUGUUGUGCAAAUUUCAUUAACAAGGUUUCAAACAGGAGACUGUAUCUUGGCCUAAACAAGAAAGAGUGAUUUCAAUAAACUGUGCAGCGUCCACGUCAUAAUACAACAAGGCUAGCCUGGCGUAAAAAUGCUAAUUGCAUCUUUUGAUGGGAUGCAGCUUCCCGCUGCUUUCCAUGUCUUUGUCUCUGAGCAGGAGGGGAUAGGUCUGUUAUCAUGAGUCACAGCAACACAGAGCCAUUCUCUCUGGCUCCCUGUACACUGACAGCCCAGAUGUGUUUACUUUGUUUGUGUACCUCUGCCAUUACGAGGUUGCCCUUACUUAAGUUCAAAAGCAAUCCUUCAACCAGGCACUGAAUGUGAUGCCCUUUAAGUGGUCUGUAAUUUGUUUAUGAGGAAAAUACCUGGAGCUUUCACUGAACAUUUGCUAACCAACACACACGGUUGGAAAGUAUAACAUAAGAAUAUAGAAAGAAUAAAUGUAACGCUCAAUGCUCUUUAUGGAAAAUCACAUACACCUUGAAAUUAAACAUCAGUAUAGCUCCCAAAUGUUCAGAUGUACACAUUUCUGGGUGCAAUAAGUUUUUACGCAAAUUUGAUGUUAUAUUCACAGUUGCAGUGUGCACCACAGCAUCUCUUGUGUGGGUGAGAAAAGGAAGUCACACUUAUCAGAGAGGUGGUGUGUGAAUCAUUCCAUUCCUCACACAUAGGAAUACCAGGUGGAGAAAUAGAGAGCAGCAAAAAUACCAGAAGACGCACUUAAAUAAAGCCACAUUUAGCACUACUGCAGACUGGUUGCAGCUGGCAAAUAAUCUGUCCCAUUUUUAGGGAUCCAGGCCCUCUAGAAUUUAAAUAUAUGUUUUGUUCCUUGCUUUUUCAUCGUGGGAUAAGUUAUGAAACGACCUCGGAUUUCAAGGUCUGGCCACUCAAGGCGGCCUGAGAAGCUACUGAAUGCCAGAAUCAGAAAUAGCUAAUGGUUCUGAAAUCAUACCCAGAUAUUAUGGCUGUUGAAUAGCACACACUGAACUGCCAGAUCAUCAAGGAAUAGCAUGUGUUUGCCCUGCAGCAACCCAGUGUCAAUUGAGUUAAAUCUGCUGUGGCUAAUGGGUGGUCUCCUCCGGGUUGUCACUCAAAACUCCAGGAGCAGUUCUGUACAGAGAAAAAGUGCUAUUGUAAAAGUCCUAACAUAGAGGAUGAGAGUGGCUUUGUUCUCUCCAAAGCAAAUCUGCCUUCCUAUAUAUAUCUAUAUAUACAGUAUGUAUUAAGACUCACUUUUCUGUGUUCAGUAUUGAUUAGUUGCGUACUGCUAUGUUCUAACCAGUGUACUGACUGUAUUCUUGUAUAAUCUGAUGUUGUUGAUCACUUUGCAUUUCGUCUGCCGCUGUGCUACUGUUAGUUGUAUCAACAUUCGAGUCUUGACAUAAAUGUUUAUUUUUUAAGUGGGGUGGGGUUUAGUUUUUUUAUCGAAAUAGGAUGUAUUUUACACCUGACUCUGCUGAAGAAUAAGGUUAAACAAAACAAUACAUGUAUCAAAAACUGCAUGGGAAGAGUGCAAGUUUUGAAAUCAUUGAACAUGAGGCAUCAAAAUGGGCAGUAUGUAGCCGGCAGUUAUUUUCAAUCAGUAUAUGACUUUGCUCAUAAAGCCAUAAGGAAUUCAAGGAGAAAGGACAAUGCUUUAUCAGACUGGUAGGUGAGGUCUCCAACAGAUACUUUUAUGACAAUUAAAGCAACAACUUUUCUCUCUUUAAGAAAAGUCAAAGAAUAUUUUUAUAAAAGCCGGGGAUGUGUCUCUUCACCCACACCACUGAAAUAACACAAAGGGUUCAGAAUGGAUCAGAAGACAGAGGGUAAAUAAAUCUUCUCAGGACUUUGUCAGUUUUAAGUUCUAAUGUAAUACGAUGUGAAAACACAAGUGCAUUUUAAAGGUUUUCACAUUUGCAGCAUCAAUAAGACUGGAAGAAGAUUAUGUGCAGUUCACAUGCCCUUGGCUAUUUGCGGUAAUGGUACAUUAACUGUUCCCUAAGUGAUCAGUUCUCACUGAUUAGGGAAGGGAGUGGUCUCUCACUGCCCGACAUAUAUCCGUCUCCAUUCAUCUGACAAUGUAGUAGCAAUUAUCUUUGAGGGGGUUUGGCUAAAAGCUUGAUGCUUUAACAGUGUGCUACUACAAGACUGGAGCUUUCAACAGCAUUAAAAGCACUGAGUUUAUUGACCACGGCUUCAAAGGUAAGCUGGUGGGUCACUGCCAUAAAAUCUGAAAGGUCUCACAGCUAAAGUGGAAUGGCUUUGCAUGGUACGCUUAAGAGCUUCUCUGAAUGCAGGAUAGGUGCAACCUCGUAGGCAUUAAAGAUAAAAGAAUACUGAUAUAUCAUUUGACUUAAUAAAAGAUCAAGAUUUA